UUCCUCCCCGUGGUCUCGCUUGGGAAAAUGUUACUCUCCAAAUUUGGGUCCCUGGCUCAUCUUUGCAACCCAACCAGCAUGGAUCACUUGCCGGUGAAGAUCCUCCAGCCAGUGAAAGUGGAAAAGGAGCCCUUCGAAAAAAUCUAUCAAGUGGGCUCCGUCUUGGGCAGUGGGGGAUUUGGCACCGUCUAUGCUGGGAACAGGAUUGCAGAUGGCUUGCCGGUAAGAGGAGAGGCUCUUGAGCAACCCCCCCCUCCCUUCUCCCCCCCCCCAACCACGAGGCUUGGGGGUGGAGUAAUGGUGCCCUUGGAAAUAGUCCUGUUGAAGAAAGUGGGUUCGGGCUUCCGGGGUGUAAUUAAGCUGCUCGACUGGUACGAGAGGCCUGAUGGCUACCUGAUCAUCAUGGAACGACCAGACCUGGUGAAGGAUCUCUUUGACUUCAUUACGGAGAAGGGGGCGCUGGAUGAGGACACCGCGCGGGGCUUCUUCCGUCAAGUCCUGGAAGCAGUGCGCCACUGCUAUAGCUGCGGGGUAGUACACAGAGACAUCAAGGACGAGAAUCUUCUAGUGGAUCUCAGGACAGGAGAACUGAAGCUGAUCGAUUUUGGGUCUGGAGCUAUUCUCAAGGACACAGUCUACACUGACUUUGAUGGAACACGAGUGUACAGCCCUCCAGAAUGGAUUCGCUAUCACAGAUACCAUGGGCGAUCGGCUACUGUAUGGUCACUGGGUGUUCUGCUCUAUGACAUGGUCUGUGGAGACAUCCCUUUUGAACAAGAUGAAGAGAUCUUGAGAGGACGCUUGUAUUUCAGGAGGCGAAUUUCCCUGGAAUGCCAACAACUGAUCAAGUGGUGCCUUUCUCUGAGGCCUUCAGAUAGACCAACCCUUGAGCAAAUUUUUGACCACCCAUGGUUGCACAAAUCUGAAGUUGUGAAGUCAGAAGAUUGUGACAUAAGGUUACGGACCAUUGGCACGGACGUGUCUCGCACAAGUUCAAGCAACGAGAGCCUGUGAAAUACUGAGGACCUUGUAAAGGGAGGGGAGCCACAAGCA